GGUGGAGGGAGGGGACCUCAUCUGCGCACAAACGUGCUCUUUCAUUUCAAAGUGAAGAGUGGAGGCACAUGUUUACAUCGACAGAGACGCACCUGAAAAACAACAUUUUCUGAAUAAGAAACGCAGUCUGGAUCGUGGACAAGUUAUCAGAGGAAACAACUCAGAUCAAACGUUGAGCUUGAUGAUCGAACUUUGUCUCCAGGAGAGUUUGAUCUUCAAAGACGCGCUCCGGAGUCCGCAGGGAGAUGGCGCGCUGCUGACUGACUGUUUGGGAAGGUGUUACGCAUUAGUGAUGGUUUGAUGACUCUGAAGUGAGGCCUCUUGUUUGAACGGGACAGGUGCCAUGAUUUUCACGGCUAGAACAUGGUUCACUGUGGUCUCAGUUAGGUUUUUCUGCUUUAUCCUCAAGAACGCUUCAAUCACCACCACAGAGAUUAUGACCGUACAAUCUAAUCCACUCUGCUGUCACUCAAAUUCUCCUUAUCCCGGGCUUUAAAAAGCGGAGAGACACUAAAAUCACGGACGAGUGGAAGAGGUUUCAUUUAUUUUAAAGUCAAUCUGAGAACCUGAAGUUCUGAGCCCUGAAGUGAGCCUGACGCACGAACGGCAGACAUGCAGCACUGGAGUUUACGCAUCUAUGGGGAAAGAGAGCGCUGAAAAGCGCGCGCGUGUGUGUGUGUGUUAAAGCGAAUGUGUGUGUGGUAGAAUAGUGAACUGUGUAAAAAGCGGACUACAACGAUAGAGACUUGUUUCAUAAAUGGAGUUGUAUAAAUACCUGAUGUGCCUGGAGUUCAUCCUCCUUUUUAAAGAGUUCUGUCAGUGUUUCAACAUAGAUGUGAAGCAUCCACGCAUCUUCAGUGGUCCAGAGGACGCUCUGUUUGGCUUCUCUGUUUUACAGCAUGAAGCGGAUGGAGAGAAAUCAAUGCUGGUUGGUGCUCCCUGGGAUGGGCCACCAAACAACAGGAAAGGAGAUGUUUACAAAUGCAUUGUGGGAGAGGAGAAGAAUUCAAAUUGCAGCAAGGUGAAUCUAGGUGAGACUGCUCUUCAGAACGUCUCUAAAAACCUGAGGAAUUCUCACCUGGGAAUGACGCUCACCCCAGACUCUCCUGAUGGCUUCCUGGCUUGUGCUCCACUGUGGUCUCAGGAGUGUGGUACGUCUAUGUUCAGCACCGGCAUCUGUGCCUCCGUCAGCGAUGACCUGGAACCAAGAGAGACCAUCGCUCCAACGGCUCAAAGAUGCUCCACAUACAUGGACAUUGUGAUUGUGCUGGAUGGCUCCAACAGUAUUUACCCGUGGUACGAGGUCCAGAACUUCCUCAGUAACAUCCUCAGCAAGUUUCACAUCAGCUCAGACCAAAUGCAGGUUGGUAUACUGCAGUAUGGAGAGGUAGCAGUCCAUGAGUGGUCUCUGAAGGACUACCAGACCACACAGGACGUGGUGGAGGCUGCCAAGAACAUCAGCCGACAGGAGGGACGAGAGACGCGCACAGCAUACGCCAUCCACAUGGCCUGCUCAGAGGCAUUCAGCCCUGAUCGCGGGGCGAGAGACGGAGCCACCAAGGUGAUGAUCGUGGUGACAGACGGAGAGUCACAUGAUGGGGAGGAGCUACCGGACGCUCUGGAGGAGUGUGAGAAGAGAAACAUCACGAGAUAUGCCAUCGCUGUUUUGGGUCACUACAUCCGCCGGCAGCAGGAUCCAGGGACAUUCAUCAAUGAGAUCAAGUACAUUGCGAGUGACCCUGAUGACAAAUUCUUUUUUAAUGUGACCGAUGAAGCCGCACUCAAUGAUAUUGUGGACGCUCUGGGAGACCGAAUCUUUACGCUGGAAGGCACACUGGGUUACAACGAGAGCUCGUUCCACAUGGAGAUGUCUCAGAUUGGCUUCUCCACACACACACUGGAUGAUGGCAUUUUGUUUGGGAUGGUCGGAGCCUAUGACUGGGAUGGUGGAGUGUUGAAGGAGGGGACGAGCGGACGCAUCGUGCCGCCCAGAGAAGCCUUUGAGAGCGAGUUUCCACUGGAGCUGAAAAACCAUGCUGCUUAUUUAGGUUACACAGUGUCGUCAGUGGUCGUUGGUGACUGGAGGAGGUUGUAUGUAGCCGGGGCUCCUCGCUUCAAACACAAAGGCAAAGUCAUCCUGUUUGAACUGAGUGACGACGGCGAUGUCAACAUAGUGCAGGCCCUCAAUGGAGAACAGAUUGGGUCUUACUAUGGCAGCGAGGUGUGUGGGCUGGAUAUUGACCAGGAUGGCAUCACUGACGUCCUUCUGGUUGCCGCACCGAUGUACCUCGGCUCGGGAAACAAGGAAGCAGGGAGAGUUUACAUCUACACGCUCAGUGGGGAGGAGUUGUUUGUAUCUAAUGGCACACUGAAGUCGGAGGAAAGAGCGCAGGAUGCCAGGUUUGGUUACGCACUGGCGGCCACUCCUGACCUCAACCAUGACGGCUUCACUGACCUGCUAGUUGGAGCCCCGUUGGAGGACGAACACAAGGGGGCCAUCUAUGUCUACCACGGAGACGGUAUUUACAUCAACCACAGUUACAAACAGCGUAUUGCAGGGUCAUCGAUUUCCUCCUCCCUGCAGUACUUUGGCCGCAGUUUGAGUGCUCGGUUGGACUUGGAUGGAGAUGAGCUAAUAGACUUGGCAGUGGGAGCACAGGGCAGCGCAGUCCUGCUCAGCUCUCGAAGCAUCGUCCAGGUCAAUGUGACUCUGUCCUUCCAGCCGCACUCCAUCAACGUCAUCCAGAAAACCUGCCAGAGAGGCGGCAGAGAGUCGGCCUGUCUGAAUGCCACUGCCUGCUACACAGCUGUUACCCGCUCUCCAGGACGACACAGCAACAGCUUUGAUCUGUGGGUGUCAGCCAUGUUGGAUGACAGGAAGUUGUCUGCGCGAGCUCUGUUUGACGACAGCUCCCACAGACAGAUGCAGCUGGCAGUCCGAGUUCAAACGGGACAAACUGUCUGCUACAAACUGCCCUUCCAUGUUUACGACACAGCCGAUUACAUUCGUCCCAUCAGCUUCUCACUGCGGUUUAAGAUUAACAACACUGAGAGUGGACCGGUGUUGGAUGAGGGCUGGCCAACCACUGUCAAGAAAUCAAUCCCAUUCUUCAAGGACUGUGGUGAGGACGAUGUGUGUACCACAGACCUGGUGCUGCAGGCUCAUAUGGACAUCGCUGGAACAAGACAGAAGCCGUAUGUGAUCCGCAGCCCUCGUAGGCGUCUGGCGGUGGAGGUGCAGCUGCAGAACAGACUUGAAAAUGCCUACAACACGAGCCUGAUACUGCACUAUUCACGCAACCUGCACUUCUCCAGCCUCAGCAUUCGGGAGGACGCCCACGUCAAGAUUGAGUGUACAGCACUUGGUGCAAACAGCCACUCGUGUAACGUCAGCUACCCAGUGUUUCGCUCCCAGUCGAAGGUUAACUUCAUGCUGGAGUUUGAGUUCAGUUGCAUAUCUCUGCACAAUCGAGUCCAGAUGAAGCUCAGUGCUUCCAGCGACAGUGUGGAAAGAGAGGACACCUUAGGGGACAACAGUGUCCAGCUGCAGAGUUUUGUUCAGUAUGAACCAGACCUGUUUGUUAACAGUGACUCUAAUUUGAACCGGUAUGAGGUUCACCCCACUCGUUCAGUGUCUGAGGCAAUUGGACCAGAGUUCUAUACACACCUCAGGCUGCAGAACCUCGGCUGUUACUCUGUGAGUAAUUUGGAGCUGAGGCUGCUUUUGCCUUCUGUGGCUGCAGGAGACAGAGUGUUCAUGACUGUCACGGAAGUUUUCUCAUACAACGCCACAGGAGUGAACUGCAGUGUGGUGAGUGAUGUGACGCAGCUCAAGGUCAGACAGAGGGACGUCCGUCCUCUUCAUCCUGAGGACAUGAUGCAGAAUGACAUACUGAAUUGCAGCAGGUCAUGGUGCACAGAGGUCGUGUGUGAAGUGCAGAAACUUCUCAAAGGUCAGGCUGCUGUCGUCCGCGUCAGCCGCAGAGUGCACGAUGACUUCUUCAGAAAAGCCAAAUACAAGUCAGUGAGGAUAACGGGGGCCUAUCGCCUCACAGCACAGGAGACUAAUCUCAUCACUCUGGACACAGAAACUCUCUGGAGGGAGACUGUACUGGAAGUGCUAAAGGGCCGAGCCAUUCCCAUCUCACUCUGGAUUCUGAUUGGCAGCAUCAUCGGAGGUUUGCUGCUACUGGCCCUGAUCAUUUUCGUACUAUGGAAGUUGGGAUUCUUCACGCGCAAACAAAGAGAAGAGGAAAACCAUGAGGACUGAGUCCAACUUAAGCUGCCAUGACAACAGUCAUGUGUCAUAACAACUAGUCAGCGAUGAGCCGUGUCCACAAAUAACAGAUCCUGGGACUGGACUCAUGACUCAGAUGCAACUGGGACACUUCAGGACCAAAGAGAGCAUCACAAGGGUCAAACUAAAAUGCACUACCCGCUGUUUCCAGGGUCGGGAGCACUUGUGUAAAUAAUCUUAUUUUAUUUUAAGUGACGCCAAUGUGUAUUCAAUACUUUUAUUUAAUAUUCAGAAACUUCAUGGUUUUACAUUGCAAGCAAUCACUUGUUGUUCUAUGUUUGUCCUCCUGUUUUGUGUUCUUUAAUGAAAUUAAAAGUGUUGGAAAGAA